AUGGAUAUUGGACAACGUUACUCAAUCUUGGCGGGAGUGUUAGUAUAUCUCUUGGAUAGAUGUCCAUGUUCCAGAACACCUUCAAGACGAUUGCUAAUGAUGAACUGCAGAAUCGUUGAAGGAAUGAUUUGUACUAUGAUUGAUUCAGAAGUAAAUUGUCCGUGUGAUGAGUGCAGAAAGAGAAGUUCUUGCAAUGGGAUUUCUUUUUUCUUUCUGAAGAAUAAGCUUUGGGUCGAAACUAUUUCUGAAGAAGAAUUGUCCCAAAGAUUAAAGGCUCUUAAUCCACAAUUUGAAUUUCAGCAUGAUACCCUUCGCCAUACUAUUCAUGAUUGUUUCAAAUGUGGAGAAGCCGUAGUUGAUAUCCAGGCUUGCACAAGCGUUUGCAAUGUUUCUUUUCAGUAUACCCUUGGAGAAUCUGUAAUGAAUUGGACUAGUAAUGCUGUUGUUCCUGUCUCUUCUGUGUUGCAUUAUCAUAUUGUUUUACCACUUUCAAUCGCCCUAGAAUCGCUUUGUAAAAAGCAAGAUUUACUUAAUAACAAGUUAUUGGCACUAAAUCGUCAUACAAAUCGGCUUCAUGAAAAAUUAAUGCUUCCAAUGAGUGAAGAAAUGAAAAACGAAGAUGUGACACUGGAUUUCAAUUGUUCAUAUAAUUACUAUUCAACAACAGGCUUACUUUCUUCACCAUCUACUCAACAUCUUUUUUGUGAAGCAUCGAAAUAUUUAUUCACAGCCAAAAUCGACAAUAUACCAAUUUCUCCAAUAUCACAUGUACAACCGCCUACAUGUGAAAUGAUGUUAUCAAGUAAUCCAAAUGCUGCUAACAAUGAUCAGGAAACAGAAGAGAAACGGAGAAAUGAAUUACAGAAGAAGUUAGCUGAUAAACUAGUGAAAUCUAAGAGUAAAGAAUUGAAAAGACAUGGGAUGCUUCGGAAACGAUAA